AUGGAAGAAUACGAAGAAGAAGAAGCCCCAGAAGUGGAGGAAACCCACGAGGAAGAACAUGGUGACGAAUACGACGAAGAGAAGCCAAAACCAAAACUCACUGCCCCUAAAAUCCCAGAUGGAGAAAAAGUUGACUUUGAUGAUAUCCAGAAGAAAAGACAGAACAAGGACUUGAUUGAGUUGCAAUCUUUGAUUGAUACUCAUUUUGAGGGUCGUAAGAAAGAAGAAGAGGAGCUCAUCGCUCUAAAAGACAGAAUUGAAAAGCGCAGAGCUGAGAGAUCAGAGCAGCAAAGAAUCAGAGCAGAGAAAGAGAAAGAGCGUCAGAACAGAUUGGCUGAGGAGAAGGCAAGACGAGAAGAACAGGAUUUGCUGAGACGUGCUGAGGAUGACAUGAAAAAGAAGAAGGCUCUUUCAUCCAUGGGGGCUUCGUACAGCAGCUACCUGGCCAAGGCCGACCAGAAGAGAGGCAAAAAGCAAACAGCCCGUGAGCAAAAGAAGAAGAUUUUGGCAGAUCGUCGCAAGCCCCUGAACGUUGACCACAUGAGUGAGGACAAGCUCAGGGACAAGGCAAAGGAAUUGUGGGAUUGGCUGUACGAGCUGGAGUCUGAGAAGUUUGAAAUGGGAGAGAAACUCAAGAAACAGAAAUAUGAGGUUACAACCCUCAGGAACCGUAUUGAUCAACUCCAGAAACACAGCAAGAAGGCAGGUGGCAAAGGAAAGGUUGGGGGCCGCUGGAAGUAAAACCCCAAAAGUAAUGAUUAGGACGUGACAGAGAGCAGACUCCCUCCUCCUAUCGCUCACCAUCCCCAAUACUGCAGGAAGCCGGCUCUACUUAGUGCCCUACGCGAUAGUCAUCCUGUCUCCCCCCGGGUCACCUUUUUCUGUUGUGGACUGCUCUGUAUAACCUCUUCUAUUUUGUAAAUAAAGUUUGAAGCUUCUUAACCGAA